GCAGGGGGCGGGCUGCCGCUGCUCGCUGGCGGCGGCCCGGCGGUGUAGGGCCGGCUGUGGGGCGGCCCCGGCCCCGGGUCCCGGCCCCGAACCGAGGAGCUGGUGUGUGGGAGCGGGGGGCCCGGUGCGUAACGAGGGGCUGUGGGGCGGGGAGAGGGCGGCGGGUUGGAGCCCUGAGCCCGGGGAGUGUGGCCCAAUAAAGAGCCCGGGGGGUUGGAGCCCUGAGCCCUGGGGCUGUGUCCCCGUAAGGAUCCCGGUGGGAUGGAGCCCCGCUGCUUGAGGGUUAUGUUCCCAUAAGGAUCCCGGUGGUUUGGAGCCCUGAUCCCUGGAUCUGCAUCCCCAUAAAGGGACUUCUGGUGGGAGUAGAGACCCCCUCCCUGAGGGCUGUGUCCCCAUAACAAUCACAGAGGUUUGGAGCUCCUCUCCUUGGGGGCUGUGUCCCCAUAAGCACCCUUGGGGUUAGAGCCCCUCUCCCUGCAGUCUGCAUCCCCAUAAGGAUCCCAGUGAAUUGGAGUCCUGCUCCUUGACUACUACAUUCCCAUAAGGAUCCCAGAGGACCAGAGCCCCUCUCCCUGGGUUUGUAUCCCCAUAAGGAUCCUGGUGGGUUGGAACCCCACUCCCUUGGGGUUGUGCUUGUGCAGCCCCCCAGCACAGCAGGCACCUCAUAGCCCGCUGUGGCCGUCCUGCCAUGCCGUCCCGCGGGGCGAGCAUCCCACGGCGGCCGGGCCGUCGGCAGCUGCUGGUGCUGGCAGCGGUGCUGGGCUGGCUGCUGGCUCUGCGCCUGCUGCUGGACCUGCGGGCACUGGGGUUGCUCUGUGGGGUGCUGGCGGCCGUGGGCAGCUGGCUGGGACCCCAAGCCCUGAGCCGGCCGGGCUGGAGGCUGAGGCUGGAGCGCUUCGCCAGCACCCUGAGACCCUCGCCGGCCAGCCCGCAAGCCGAGGAGCAGCUGGAGCGGGAGAUCGCCGGCACCAUCCGCAAGGUGGUGCGGGAUUUCGUCUCCUCCUGGUACCGCACUGUCAGCACCGAGCGCGCCUUCGAGGAUGAGGUGGAGAAAGCCAUGGCCGGGCUGGCCGCCGAGCUGAGGCGGCGGAUGGGGCGGGUGGAUCGCAACGUCCUGGCUCGACGCCUUCUCCUCCUCUGCAGCCACCACCUGCAGAGCUACCUGCAGGCCUGCCAGGCCCUACGGGAUGCCCCAGAGGGCGGCCGGACGCUGUGGCAGGAGUACAGCCGGAUAGCGGGCACGCAUCCAGCCCUCCGCAGCCCGUCGGCAGAGGUGGGCUACACCCGGGCCGCUGUGGAGGUGCUGCUGCAGGCGUUGGUGCCCCAGCCCCACCUGGAGACGCGGACGGGACGCUUCGUGGUGGUGGAGCUGGUGGCCUGCAACGUGCUGCUGCCCGCUGUCAGGAAGAUGGCCGAUCCCGACUGGAUCAACCUGCUGCUCGUCGCGGCUUUCUCCAAAAAGCCCCGGGAAGAGGAGGCGCCUCCUGCGCCCCCGGUGCCUGACUGCUUGUCCUUUGCCAUGCAGCCAGAUGCAGCUCCUGCAGGGCUGCCUCCUUCCCCGAGGGCCACGGAGGUGCCCGGGGCUGCUGGCGAGGAGGGAGGGGACACGGCGAGCGGGUUGAGUCGCACAGAGGUGCCUUUCCUCCGCCCACAAGCCCUGGGCUCCCUGUUCCCUUGUGAGGGUUUGGAGCUGGAGUCCCCUGCACCUGAUCCUGGCCAGGAUGUGGACCUGCUGGCACCAUCGCCUGCCAAGGAGUGUCUCGAUGACACCCUCCCUGACGCCCCCGCUGUGCUCGAGGGACCAGAUACUUCAGAGGAUGGUGUGGGGGACUUGGAGGAAAGCAAUGGCACCUGCGUGGAUGCUGGCCUGCUUCCCCCUUCUGCAUUUGUUCUGAGCUCCUGCCCUGACAUCCAAAUCGAUCCAGCAGUGGAGAAAGAGGAGGAGAGCCCACCUGUCCCCAGGAAAUCCUCCUCGCAGAGGCCCUGCAGCUUGGGGAAAGAACUGGGUGCAUCAGAAGUGCCACCACAAAGCCCCCCAGACCCUGGGCAGACUCUUCCCCUGCUCUCAUCCUCCCCGACAGCUCCUAUCAGCACCUUCAGCUUCGAGCCCCUCAACAGCCCCGACGGGCCGGUUGUCAUCCAGAACCUGCGGAUAACUGGGACCAUCACUGCCCGGGAGCACAGCGGGACUGGCUUCCACCCCUACACCCUGUACACGGUCAAGUACGAGACAGCCCUGGAGGGUGACAGCACGGGCAGCCUUCAGCAAAUGGCCUACCACACUGUGAACCGCCGCUACCGGGAGUUCCUCAACCUCCAGACCAGACUGGAAGAGAAACCGGAGCUCCGCAAGUUCCUGAAAAAUAUCAAAGGCCCAAAGAAACUGUUCCCUGAUCUUCCAUUUGGCAACAUGGACAGCGAUAAAGUGGAAGCCAGAAAAAGUCUGCUAGAAUCUUUCUUGAAGCAACUGUGUGCAGUCCCUGAGAUUGCCAACAGCGAGGAGGUGCAGGAGUUCCUUGCCCUGAACACUGAUGCCAGAAUCGCGUUCGUCAAGAAGCCCUUUGUUGUCUCCAGGAUAGACAAGAUUGUUGUCAAUGCCAUUGUGGAUACCUUGAAGACAGCGUUCCCCAGGUCAGAGCCCCAGAGCCCCACAGAAGAUCUUAGCGAGUCUGAAGUGGAUGGGAAAUCUCAGACAGAUGGGAAGAAGGCUAACAAGUCCAGGCUGAGGUUUUCAUCCAGUAAAAUCACUCCAGUGCUGAGUGUGAGUGAAGCCCAUGACAGGAUCGUGUACUCCGUGAGGGAGGGCAGCGCUGCCUCUGGCACCAUAUCACUGGCUGCUAUGGAGUCCUUCAUCCAGAAGCAGGAGAAGCUGCUGGAGGCAGUCCCCAGCAAAGCUCCUGAGGGUGAGGGAAGCAGAGAAGCUAAGGAACGCCCCACACAGGAGGAUGCAGACAGGCUGGGCCCGUCGGAACAGGGGGUACAUCCAGACACAGACACAGACUCAGAGACAGCUUUGGCUGACCUGGCCCUGGACUUGCUGCGCCUGCUCCUGAUGGAUCACUGGAGCUGGCUCUGCACAGAGGACAUCCAGAAGGUCUUUCACCUGCUCUUUGGGACCCUCAUUCAAAGGUGGCUGGAGGUCCAGGUGGUGAACCUGACCUGCACGCAGCGCUGGGUCCAGUACCUCCAGCUGCUGCAGGAAUCCAUCUGGCCCGGAGGAGUUUUACCAGCAGUGCCUAAACCAGCCAGGACAGAGGAGCAGAAGAAAGCAGCAGCAGAGCAGGCCCUGCAGAGCCUGAUGGGGAUCUUGCCUGAUGUGAUCCAAGAAAUCCUUGGAACCAGUAAAUGUCGCAUGAGCUGGAACCUGGUGCUGGAGUCCCUGGGCCAUCCUGUUAUCAACAGGCACCUGGUUUUCUGCCUCUUGGACAUUCUGCUGGAGUUCUUGGUUCUGAAGGGCUCCAGUAAUGAGCUCGAGACCGCAGCUGUCGCGCCGUCUGACUCUAGUGGCCUGGAGAAAGCAGGCAUUUCAGCACAUUAACGAGGGCUGGUGUAGCCAGCAGUGAAGGAGAGAAGAAGCCACAGGAUAUGGAUCACCAAACUGACCAACGCUGGACUUUGCUAAUCAAGGGAAUGCUGCUCCUGGUGCUCUCAGCAGAUCAAAGCUCGGAGAGGGGACGUUGCAAGAGGAAAGCACGCAGGAUCACAGCUAGUUCCCACGUUCCAGUACCAAAUGGUGCAUUUCAUGCAGCCUGCGUAGUUUCUUGGAGCUGGAUACUCCGUGGCGAUGUUUGGAGAACAGGGCAUGGAGCUCCAACACGUGUACUGCUGAAAGCAGAGCCUCUGCUCUUCCCAGGGACAGCUGCUGAAUAGUGGACACUUCUCUGUGUGCUGCUUCAUGCUUCUGUUGUGUGUGUGCCCGUGGUGUGUGGUAGAUGCUGGGAAGGAGUAGCUUGCUGCCAGGAAGUAUAUUUUUAGGGAUUUCCAAGGGUACCCAAGACUAGGCAGAACCCAAUGUAAUGAAAUAAAGCAGUUUUGCACAGCUUAUCGGAGCAGUUUCUCAGCAAUGACACUUUUGAGCUGUCAGACCUGCCUGCCUGCUUGGAAAGGAGGGAGUUGGGUAGCAUAAGAGCAGAUCAGACAACGCGUUGGAGAAUGUUCCAUAUGGAAUAAUGGCCAAGCAGCAGGUCAGGAAGCAGGAAUCCCCUGUACCCUUAAGCACAAUAUCUACUUGGAGUACCCUCUUCACCUUCUCUUUCACUGCCAGUUUCUGAUUCCCUUCUUUCUUUCCUACAGCUUCCAUUACUGCCUCCCCUGCCUCGAGGAGGCAGUAGGAGAAGGAGCCAUCAGCCGGGGAUGGCUGAUCCUCUUGUGCUUGGUGGCUUCCCAGAGGCUCUUGGUGGGCUUGCUUGCUCUUGCUUUUUCAGGAACUUUACAGCACCAAGGCUGCAGUGUGUCACUGAUUAGGGAAAUCGUUAUGAGACUGCUGAGAAGGAUCAUCCAGAAAUGGUUGCAAACUCCACACUGCCAGCUCCACCUGAGGACAAAGGUGUAGUACAAUCCUUACAGACACUGCAUUUGUCCUCAGAAGGAUGAGCUCAGGCUUCCCCUUUGCCAGGAAGCCCUGAUAUGCCUGCCUUUCGCCCUGACCUCUGGCAUUAUGUGAGCAGCUCAAUAUUCAUUCCUCCUGGUGGAAAUAAUUUGUGAUUUCUGCUGGCGGGCUGUGAGGAGCAUAGCUGGAGAGGUGGCACUUGGCUGGAAUGCUGUGACAAUGACUGUGGUUGUAGCAGACAUCUCGGUGUGUGCAUCCUCUGCACCUUUCAUGCAAGGGCCCCGAGCCCUGCAUUUUGCAAACGUGCUCACACGAUGAAGUAGCAGCAUCUCUUCUGUGUUACCUGGCAGGUGUUGGGGCGCAGAGAGAUGAAGCAAGUUUACUUGCUUCCACUUCAAGCCAGCAGCAGAGUUGGGAACAGACCCCAGGAGUUUGGACUGUGAGAUCUGUGUUUUAAUCUCCUGAACCCCCUUUCUUUUCUUAGAGCAAGGAAAACAAACCAGGAUUGCCGGAGCCCUUUCUCAGGCUCUCACUGGCCAGGCUUCAAGCUCCCAUUCUCUCCUUCAUAGAUAUUAGUCCGUUCUCACAGCCAAGAUGAAGCUGCCCACGAACAGCAUAGGAACAAGUAGCCCCUGUCUGUACCUCAUUGUUAAGCAAUACAAAAUCCAAUAAAAAAAUCAGCUUUUUUUUUUUUUUUUU